AUGACUCAAGCUCAAGCUGUGACGGCCCAGGCUAAUAUAGAUGUUGUAACUUAUGCGAAUCCUAAUGUGAAUUCGUUCGCCUCAAGGGUUUGGGAUUUUGCAAGAAUGAACCCUCCCAAAUUUCGUGGCUCCAAAGUGGAAGAGGAUCCUCAAAGUUUUAUCGACGAGGUUUAUAAAGUAUUAGCUAUUAUGGGGGUGUCUUCGGUGGAGAAAGCGGAGUUAGAUGCCUACCAACUAAAAGAUGUGGAUCAAGUUUGGUAUGAUCAGUGGAAGGGUGAGAGACCCGUAGGAGCGGGCUCAGUAGAAUGGGAAUCGUUUGAAGUGGCGGUUCUUGAUAGAUUCUUCCCCCUAGAGUUCAGGGAAGCAAAGAUGCAAGAGUCCAUUAACCUUCAUCGAGGACGUAUGAGUGUGAAAGAGUAUGCUGUAAAUUUCACCCAAUUAUCAAAGUAUGCUCCAACUAUGGUGGCGGAUUCAUGGGCCAAAAUGAAUAAAUUUUUGAUGGGAGUGUCUGACAUGGUAGUUAAAGAAUGA